AAACAUUUAAGUAAUAUCUUUACCAUUUGUAUAUGUUUAUUUAUAUACGUAGCACACUUUAUUAAUCUUAUAAUAAUCACAGGUAAUUACUUGUUUAACAACCAUGUGGACGUUUAAUAAAAAAGCCAAAGAGUAGGUGCUCUGUAUUGUAAAACUCUACAUAUGCGAUCUGUGAUUUGCUCUUGUGUCCUGAUGUUUGGUAAUGAUUCCGGAAUAGUGUUUUUUAAACUUUUUUUCCCACAUACUCUACUGAAAUAAACGAGCCCGAACCACAUCACCUCCGAGCUGAGAACAUGCCUGCUGGGGUGUCAUGGACUCGCUACCUGAGGAUGUAUGGAGCAAGCAUGCUGGCACUGUUUGCAGGGGCGCAGGUGGUCCACCAGUACUACUUACCCGACCUGGUGGUCAGGGAGAGCGUUACACAGACUGGGAGCGGCGUAGCAGAAAGCCCGGUCUCCCAUUGUUCGCAGCUUUGUCCUCGGAGGUUGGAGGAGGUUAGCCUGUCCGGAGCGGCGGUGUCGAGUGGAGGAUUUGGGGAGUAUACCGGAGACGCCGCCAAAGCCUGGCGAGCUUCGGACGGAAUUGCUCGGCUUCAAAGUCCGUGAAAAAAUGACGGUGGCCAUUGAACAGCAACUGGAGGGCAAACAGAAGCUGGACUGAUGUGGGGACGUAUUUGAUAGGACGGACGCUGAAUCAUCACAACUUUGUCGUUGGCUGCAAGACAUCCCGGUGCCUCAAAAUGACUGUUUGGGCUGUGUCUGCAAAGGGAAUACUUUUGUUCAGUACACUUCAAUGAGUGUUCAAGAUGGCGAUGAUUGAUGGCUGCACACUCGCCAUUUGGGGCACUGUCCGUGUGAAUGCAGCCGUGCACUACAAAAAUGCAAAGUGUAAGUACGGGAGUGCACAGAUUCAGACACAGCCUCUGUGUUUAUUUUUACCUGCACUCUCACACCUUUAAUUUCUUGGUAAUGCGGGAGAAACGUUGCUUAUAGGCCAUCGCAGUAAAGCCACUAAAUUAAUAUAUAUGUUCAAAGAUGUCCUAAAUAAAUGAAAUCACUAUUCUAUCUUUUUCAGCCUUUUUACUGAAUCAAAAAUAUCAAAAUGUCUCUCGGCAACCUUUAAUUUAGAAAAUAAAAAUUAAUUUGUUAGGAUAACCACUUUUAGAAUG